GGGGAAGGAAAUGUGGCCUGUUCGAGCUGGUCGAGCCUCGCGAGCCUCCCACAGCUCGUGGCUAGCCAAGCCUCGCCUCCCGCUCGUCUCCAGCCGCUCGCUGUCGGCCGCGGUUGCCAAGCCUCGCCUCCCGUUCGAGGGCGUCCGCGUGCUCGAGAAGGCAAACCUGCUCUCCGGUCGACUAACGGGUCUCCUUUUCGCCGAUCAGGGCGCCGAGGUCCUUGUCAUCGACCCAAAGGAGGGUGGCAGCGUUGACUCGUACCUCAACCGCAACAAGAUCGCAGUUCGCGCCUCUGACGUCGAGCCGUCCUCAGCCGACAUCAUCCUCGUCGACGGAGCCGACGCCUCGCUCGCGCGCCUGCCUCACCAGGUUCUGAUGCGCACCGUCGCCGCGCUGCCGGGCGACGAGCGGUUCGGCCACCUGCCUGACGACGUCGACGAGGACUACCUGAGCGCGCUCACCGGCUUCUUCACGGACAUGGACAUGAUGGGCUGGCUCGACCGGCCAGUGACGUACACGCCGCUCCAGCUCUGCUCCAUCUACGCGGGCGUGAUUGGGGCGAACGCCUGCGCGGCGGCGCUGCUCGACCGCCUCCGGUGCGGGCAGGGGCGCGAGAUCCACGCCUCUCGUAUCGCGGGCGGGCUCUCCGCCAUCGGUGCCCUGUGCCUCAAGCAGCGAGGCCUGCCUCCCCAUCUCGACCCAGUGCCAGCUAUCUACAAGAGCACGGCGGACAUCCUCGCCAAGCGGAGAGGGAUCGAGCCAUCGGAGCUGGACGCGUACAAGCAGGCUGCCAUCUCGGACCCGGCGAAGCAGGCGUGGCUCUUCCAGCGGCUCUACCCCUUCAUGGCCCCUUACAAGUGCAGCGACGGCGAGUGGAUUCUUCCUAUGGCGACCUUCAACCGGCGCCUCGCGACGGGCUACUGUGCGUACCUUGGCUUUGCCGACGACGUGUCCGCCUUCGGCAUCGUCGACAGAGACCCGUACGACCCCGCCUCCGCCCCGUUCGACGACCGCAACCUCGCGCUGCCGAUCGGCUUCAACUUCCCGUCAUCCUGCAAGGUGGCGGAGCUGUUCGAAGCCAAGUUUCUCGAGAAGACGGCGCUGGAGUGGGAGGCGGAGCUCGAGGCCGCCGGUCUUCCGUGCGCUGUAAUCCAGACGUGGGAGGCGUGGAUGCGCGACCCCGACGCUCGCGCUGCGCGCAUCUUUGCGGAGGUGGGAGGGGAGGUGCAGCUGGGGCGCGCCGCGUGGGUCAAGUCGGCAGGCGAGUACCCAGACUUGCAGCCGAUGGUGGAUGGUGCGGCUGCCGUCGCGCGGGACCGAGCCGCGCCUCCGCCCGCCGCCACCGCCCCUCCGAGGCAGCGCCCUCUCGAGGGUUACGUGAUCUGCGACUUCGCGAACGUUAUCGCAGGGCCGGCGUGUGGGCGCAUGCUCGCCGAGCUCGGAGCGACCGUCUACAAGCUCGGGCCGAUGGUGAUGAUGGUGUGGCAGGCGGAGCUGCAUCAAGGGAAGCAUUCGAUCAUCCUCGACGCGAAAAAGGUAGAGGCGCGUGAGGUGAUCCAGCGGGCGAUCAAGGCGGCGGACGUGGUCUUGCUGAACAAGAUGGACAACCAGCUCGUCAGCUUGGGACUGAACCGCGAAGCCCUCGACGUCGCCAACCGAAAGGCGAUCUUGCUGCAGCUCAAAUCGCACCAAGGGGAGCGGUACACGCGCAAGAGCAACUGGAACGGGUACGACCCCGCGCUGCAGGGCAAGACCGGGCUGAUGACGCGCUUCGGGCCGCACGACCCCGCCGCCGUCGCUCGGGAGGGCGCGGGCGCGGGCGUGCCCAAUUUCCACGGCGUCGCCUCGUGUGUCGACUACCUCACCGGGUACAUGGCGGCGUGGGCCGGACUCGCCGCGCUCUACUCACGAGAGGUGCGGGGCGGGGAGCAGGGCGACUGGGCGGUGACCUCGCUCGCGGUGUGCGCGAGCCUCACCCAGCUGACGCUGCAGCGUGGCGAGCCGCCGCCGUCGGCGGUCGGGCAUGACGCGACGGGCAUGACGCCGCACAAGCGCGUCUUCCCCGUGGCGGGCGGGAGGUUCGUCUACGGACAGGCGCCCGAGGCGUGCGACGUGCGCGAGCUAGCGGCGACGCUCUCCUCACUGGAGAGCGACGCCGCCAUCGCGCACUUUGAGAACGCGCUGGGAGGCGCGCUCGCGGUGCCCGUCCUCACGGUGCAGGAGAUCGCUGCCCUCUGCUCUGACGGCGGGAGCAAGACAGCCAACUUCACGCGCAAGCGAGGCGAGUCCGGGUGGGAGGUGGAGACCUGGGAGCCCACCUGGUUCUGCUUCGACGGGGCGCCGCUCAGCUGCGCCCGGCCGCCCGCCUUCGCCGGCGCUGACGCGCCGCAGGUCCUCGCGGCGCUCGGUUACUCGCCAGGCGAGGUCCUCGGCCUGAAGCAGUCACGCGCGGUCGUGCCAACCUCCUGGUACGCGUGGGCCGACGAGCCGCCUCGCGAGCCGUUGUCCAGCCCCGUCCCUCCCUCCGUGACAGCAGCACACAACGUCCCGGCUAGGGACCUGGAGUUGCUAAAGGAGGGGCUGGAGUGAGGGUUGGACUAGAGGGAAUUAGAUGGAGCGUCGGGGCAUGUGCAUGAGUACAGUACGUCACACAAUUUGGCAUUUGUCUCAUUAGAGAUACUAUAGGCUUGCAAACGUACUGUCUUUU